CCUUCGCAUCUGCGCCGCUAUCUUUUCUCUCUGCUUCUGUUACGUAGCCGUUUAUCGGCGCGUCUGCCUGCCCACCGCAUUCGCAGCAUUCCCGCAAAGACCAGCGACGUGUUUGUGUUGUGUUCCUCCGUCUUUUUUUGUGCCCUUUCGCGAAAGUUUUUUUCCAGCCAAUUAUUGGAAAGGGGUAGUGAGGUAGUGAAGGGGAGCCGCCAAGAUGAACUUGUGCAACUCGAGACUCUCCGUUACGUUCGUGCGGCAGUGCUCGACGAUAUUUACGUCUGGCAUUCUACAAAACAAGUGCCGCCUCAGUAGUUGUUCCAGUAGUUCCAGCACCCAACGAAACAUGAGUUCCGGACAGCGAGGAUCCCGCGACAGUUCUGGAAGUUCAGGGUCGGCGGGGUCGGCUGGAACGGCGGGGGCGGGCGGUGCGAUCCCCUUCCAGCAUCCCCACUGCGACCGGGCGGCCAUGUACGAACAACCGGUGCGGAAGAUGAGGACCAAAGGAGGAACCUACGACUACGACCUAGUUGUGAUUGGCGGCGGAUCAGCUGGCCUGGCCUGCGCCAAGGAGGCGGUGCUCAAUGGCGCCCGUGUGGCCUGCCUGGACUUCGUGAAGCCCACGCCCACGCUGGGCACCAAGUGGGGCGUGGGCGGCACCUGCGUCAACGUGGGCUGCAUCCCCAAGAAGCUGAUGCACCAGGCCUCGCUGCUGGGCGAGGCUGUCCAUGAGGCUGCCGCCUACGGCUGGAACGUGGACGACAAGAUCAAGCCGGACUGGAGCAAGCUGGUGCAGUCCGUGCAGAACCACAUCAAGUCCGUCAACUGGGUGACCCGUGUGGACCUGCGCGACAAGAAAGUGGAGUACAUCAACGGACUGGGCUCAUUUGUGGACGCGCACACCAUGCUGGCCAAGCUGAAGAGCAGCGAGCGCACAAUCACCGCCCAGAACUUCGUCAUUGCCGUGGGCGGCCGUCCCCGCUAUCCGGAUAUUCCCGGAGCCGUGGAGCACGGCAUCACCAGCGAUGAUCUCUUCAGUUUGGACCGCGAGCCCGGCAAGACCUUGGUUGUGGGAGCUGGCUACAUUGGCCUGGAGUGCGCCGGAUUCCUGAAGGGUCUCGGCUACGAGCCCACCGUGAUGGUGCGCUCGAUUGUGCUGCGCGGCUUCGACCAGCAGAUGGCCGAGCUGGUGGCCUCCUCGAUGGAGGAGCGCGGCAUUCCCUUCCUGCGCAAAUCGGUGCCGCUGUCCGUGGAGAAGCAGGACGAUGGCAAGCUGCUGGUCAAGUACAAGAACACCGAGACCGGCGAGGAGGCCGAGGAGCUGUUCGACACCGUGCUGUGGGCCAUCGGCCGCAAGGGUCUGGUGGAGGACCUCAACCUGUCCAAUGCCGGCGUCAGUGUGCAGAAGGACAAGAUUCCAGUGGACUCGCAGGAAACCACCAAUGUGCCGAACAUCUAUGCCGUCGGCGACAUCAUCUACGGCAAGCCGGAGCUGACGCCCGUGGCCGUGCUGGCCGGUCGUCUGCUGGCCCGCCGCCUCUACGGCGGAGCCACCCAGCGCAUGGACUACAACGAUGUGGCCACCACCGUGUUCACGCCCCUGGAGUACGCCUGCGUAGGCCUCAGCGAGGAGGACGCCGUGAAGCAGUACGGAGAGGACGAGGUGGAGGUCUUCCACGGCUACUACAAGCCCACGGAGUUCUUCAUCCCGCAGAAGAGCGUGCGCUACUGCUACUUGAAGGCGGUGGCCGAGCGCCAUGGCGACCAGCGGGUCUACGGACUGCACUAUCUGGGACCAGUGGCCGGGGAGGUGAUCCAGGGUUUCGCUGCCGCACUGAAGUCCGGUUUGACCGUCAACACGCUGAUGAACACGGUGGGCAUUCACCCCACAACCGCCGAGGAGUUCACCCGGCUGAGCAUCACCAAGCGGUCGGGACUGGACCCCACACCGGCCAGCUGCUGCAGCUAAGCGGGAUUGCGAUCCUCAGCAGCCGCCUGGGAGACGCCUUCGUACACCCGCUCCACUACCCAAUCCUCCAACCCAAUGAAUGGCUGUUGAUGCCGCGGCCCAGCGAUCGAAGAGUUCAAGCAGUUCCGUUUCAGUUUCCACAAUUAACACCCCCGCACACACAAAAAACAGCUCUGCGCAAGGGAGGGGCACUGGGCAGCAGCGAUGAUUCCAGUGGAACUCCAGUGGAUUUGCCCGCGCAGCUAGCUUAAGCAUCCCCAUCCCACGACUGCUGCGCCGCCGACAUGCACUCAAAAUUUUGAAUUUGUUUAAAACCUAUGAAAGUAACCAUGAAAUCCCCCAAAUGUCUGGUUGAAAAAUA